AUGGAGGGCAAGGAGGAGGAUGUCCGCCUGGGUGCCAACCGCUACUCGGAGCGUCAGCCCAUCGGCACGGCGGCGCAGGGCACGGAGGAGAAGGACUACAAGGAACCCCCGCCGGCGCCGCUGUUCGAGGCGGAGGAGCUGACGUCGUGGUCCUUCUACCGCGCCGGGAUCGCCGAGUUCGUGGCCACCUUCCUCUUCCUCUACAUCAGCAUCCUGACGGUGAUGGGCGUGAGCAAGUCGCCCAGCAAGUGCGCCACCGUGGGCAUCCAGGGCAUCGCCUGGUCCUUCGGCGGCAUGAUCUUCGCUCUGGUCUACUGCACGGCGGGCAUCUCCGGCGGCCACAUCAACCCGGCCGUCACCUUCGGCCUCUUCCUGGCGCGGAAGCUGUCGCUCACGCGCGCGCUCUUCUACAUGGUCAUGCAGUGCCUGGGCGCCAUCUGCGGGGCCGGCGUCGUCAAGGGCUUCCAGCAGACGCUGUACAUGGGCGGCGGCGGCGGCGCCAACGCCGUCAACCCCGGCUACACCAAGGGCGACGGCCUGGGCGCCGAGAUCGUCGGCACGUUCGUGCUCGUCUACACCGUCUUCUCCGCCACCGACGCCAAGCGCAGCGCGCGUGACUCACACGUGCCCAUCCUCGCGCCGCUCCCCAUCGGAUUCGCCGUCUUCCUCGUGCACCUGGCAACCAUCCCCAUCACCGGCACCGGCAUCAACCCCGCACGCAGCCUCGGCGCCGCCAUCGUCUACAACAGGUCCCACGCAUGGAACGACCACUGGAUCUUCUGGGUUGGCCCCUUCAUCGGCGCUGCUCUCGCCGCCAUCUACCACGUGGUCAUCAUCAGGGCCAUCCCCUUCAAGAGCCGCGACUAA